AUGUAAUAAAAUGAAAAUGAUCUCCAAUAAAUCGAAAAUAAUCAAUAAAAUGAAAGUGAUUUAUUAAAAGAUAAAUAAUAACAAAAUAUAGAAUAAGUUCAAAAUAAAUAACAAUCUGAAGAAAACCAAUAAUAAACUACUGAAAUUGAAAAAUAAAAUGACCAAUUAAAUGUUACUUCUUAAUUUCCAAAUAAUGAAUAAUAAGAAGUAUCUAAAUAAUAAAACCUAUAGAACAAUGAUUAAUAGCAUACUAAAGAUAAUCUCAAUGAGUAGGAAUCUAUUGAUAAAUAAGAAUAACCAAAAAAAGAGUAAGAAAACUUAAAUUAAGAUGUUUCAAGCAAAUAAUAAUAAUCAAACAAUUAUUAAACAAUAUAAAAUAAUUAGAAUAAUUAACUUUCUAAUACUUCUAAUACUAAUUAAAUCAAAUAAGAAAAUGAACUACAAGAUCAAACUUAGAAAAAACAAAAAUUAUAAUAAGAAUAGUUAUAAAAUAAAGAAUAGAAAUAAUAAGAAAAAAAGCAAGAAGAGAAUGAUUUAGGAAAUUAGAGUUAAAGAAAAAAUUAAAAAAGAAAGACUACUAAAAGAAAAAAUACAAAAAUGGAAAUAUAAGAAAUUUAAGAAUAAAAUAAUCAAUAAUAAAUAAAUACAGAGAAUGUACUAGAGAAAGAAUAAAUCAUUGAAGAAAAUAAGUAAAAAGAAUAACAAUAAAUUGAAGAAGAAAAAUAAAAGGAAGAAUAAUUGAAAAAAUAAAAAUAAGAGGAGUAAGAAAAAUUAUAAAGAGAUUAAAAUAUUAAGAAAUUUCUUAUAAGUCUUGUAUAUCCAAUGAAAAAGAUAUAAAACAAUAAAAGUAUAAAAUUAAAUGAAAGUUUUUAAAUUGAAAGUGAAUAAUUUUAAUUAAAAGAGAGAAAUUGUAAAAGUUAAAAUAAAUAAAAAGGAGAAAAAAAACCUAGAACAAAAAGUGCAAUUAAUAAUGAGUUAAUUGAUUUUUACAAUAAAAUAAAUCCUUAAAAACCAAAAGAUUAAAAAGUGAUGUCUCCAAAUACAUUAUAAAGAAUGAAAAAAUAAUAAGAGAUAGAUUAAAUUAAAAAAGAUUACGAAAAGCUAGAAUUAUAAUAAGAAAAUUAGUAAUAAAAUGUAUUUUCUUAACCAUAAAAGGAAAAAAAGUCAAAAAAUUAAAAUAAAUAGAGAUCCUCAACUUAACCAAUAAAAAAAUUGUAAGUUAUAAUUAGAAAACGUAAAAAAGUGAAAGUCAGAAAUGGACUUAGGGAGAGAAUGAUAAUUGAUAAAGAUAAAGAUUCUUAAUUAAAGGCUUUAGAUUUUAUAAAAAAAAUGUAAUAAAAUAGAAUAGAAGCAGAAUAAAAGAGAUAAGAAUAAUUAGAAAAAUUAACUAAUAAAAUUUCUAACAACAUAGAAAAUUUGAGAUUGGAUAAUUAAAGAUAUAGAUAAGAAAAACAAAAAUAAAAAAGAAUGUAAGCACUUGAAUAGAUUGCAAAACAAGAAUAAAAUAGAUAUGAAUCAAUGAUGGAAUAAUAAAAAAAUGAAAAUUUUGUAAAAAAGUUAAAAGAAAAGUCUUCUGUGUAUAGUCAUUAUAGUGUAUAGAAAUUAGCAAUAGGUUAACCAUCUUCUUUAGUUACUGAGUUAGAAGAUGGUUAAAUUUAAAUAGAAUAAUAAAUAUAUACUAAUAGAAAGAUAAAUGAAAAUCAGUUUUUACUAAAAGAGGAAUAGAAAAAAAUGAUUAAAGAAAAUAAGAAUAAAUAAUAAGAAUACAGCAAGUAAGUAAGUUUAUUACAUUUUCCAAAAAUAAAUUUAAAGAAAAACUUUGAAUAAGUAAAAGAAUAUCUUGCAUAAGAAAGUAAAGAAUUAUUAACUGAAAAUAAACCAAAACGUAAAAAGGCUUGGUAAAUUGAAUAAGAAUUAAAGUAAAAAAAAUAUUAAAAUAGCUAAUAAUUCAAGGAAUGA